UUGUGUGACAUGUCGACUGGUUGUCGUUGAGUUGGGAAAAGCCUAGGUCAACUUCAAGAGUCAAGUGAUGUUCGUGUAGGCUCCACUCCACUUCACUCCUGCUACCUACCCAAACAUCAAAUCUUAAAACUCGCUCUGAUACUAGGAGUGACAAAGCAUUAAACCAAGAAUGACCUCUUCCAACACGGGGACAUCUCUUACUCCGGGUUCUGAUGCUUUCCUGGACUCACUACUCUCUAUGGUCAACCAAGAGGACAUGAUCGCUAUCCUCAAGGCCCAAUCACAGAUGCUGGAUCGCUUUGAGAAGACCAAUGAGAUGCUCUCGAACUUCAAUCGACUGUCGGCCAAAAGAUACGAGAAGACGUUUGAGCAGUUCAAGGAGCAUACAGAGACUCUCUUGACCAUGAAAAAAGAUUUGGAUACCGUGUUCCGCAGGAUAAGAGCACUGAAAAAGAAGUUAGCUACAGAUUAUCCAAGGGCAUUUGUUGCUGCUCUUGAAGACAUCGUCCCACCCGACCUUGAUGAAGAAGAGGACGAGACUCGGCCAGGACUCUCCCAUUCUCCUUCCAAACAACAUCAUCAGUCAUCACCUAGACAACAAGAACAACAACAAAACCAGCAGCAUCUGCAUCCAAAGCAACAGCCGCAACAUGCACAACACAUGGCUCAAGCUCAGCAGCACCAUCCGCCACGUACGCUACAAGAACAGAAGCAGCAGUUACUGCCAAAGCAACGGUCGCUGGACAAUGUGGGUCGGCCUGGAUCCAGGGAACAGGCGGCAGAUUCCAGAGGCGGGAGUGAUGGUGAUAAAUGACAGAAGUCCAUAUUAAUUCAGCAUUUAAUCUGUGUCAGUGACUGUGUUUUAGCCGCGUGAAUUGUUGAUAUUGCCAUAUUUAUAUUUGAUACAAGUUUACACAGCCCAAAGAACAUUUUGAAAACAUUAUGUUUUGGAUUUCCUUGGACACUAGUGGGAAAUUCUUUAAGUGUUGUGUUCAAUUCCUGGACAAUAUACUGUACGCAAAGCACUAAAAAUCAGGAAGGGCUGAAAAUACUUGUCUAUUUGUUGACUUGUAAUCAAAGUGCCAUUGACUUGUCCAGAUAACCUGUCUCGCCAAGUCAACUUAUGAAAAGUUGGAUGUCAAAGUGGCGAGAUACACUAUCUCGUCAAGUUGACUUAUAGGAAGUUAUAUGUCAAAGUGUUGACAUUUAACAAGUUUUAUGGGGAGAUUUAAUUUUAGAACUUAAUUGAUUGUGCGUGCAUAUGGAUGUUGAUCUGUAGUCAGCUACGCUGCAGCCUGGAUUGAAAGAGGAUGUGUUGCGUGCACGCUGUGGAUAUAAAGGGGUACUCAAGGCUGAAAACGAAAAGGUUUUAACAGAUAAAGAAAAACUAAACCAAAAAAUAUGAAAAAAAUUUGAUCAAAAUCAGACAGAGAAGAACAAAGUUAUGACAUUUUGAAGAUUUGCAUUGUUUUGGUGAAACAGAUCUAUGCAUGUUAUGGCAUCUUGGUCCUUAUCUGAAGAUAGGGAGUCCUGAAUAGCAACAUGUCAAACAAUGAUUUCCAGUGCCAAACUCUCUCUCUCUCUAUAUAUAUAUAUUUCU